AUGGCCAUGCUGAGCACAAAGCCGGGGCAGAGGUGCACUGGGCCGGAUGGGCUCAGCAGCUCCCAGCUCCUGUCCGCUGCUGCCCAGCGCCUGCGCUCUGCUUCCCACCGCGUCCGGCAGGAAUCACGAGCUCUCCGCAACGAAACCAGCAACCAGGCAAAAUGGGAUGAGCACGACAACCGAACCCGCCUGGCUGAACGUAUCAGGAGCGUGAACAGAUGGAAGGAGACCCUGGACAAAUGCCUCGCAGAUGUAGAUGUGGAAAUCGAUGCCUUAGCCAAAGUGAAGGAGGCAGCAGAACGUGCCCUCCAGGCAAAGAACCUGCCUUUGGACGUUGCCAUUGAGUGCCUGACACUCCGGGAGAGCCGCCGCACCAUCAUCGUGGUGAGGGACCCUGUGGAGGAGGAGCUGCACAAGGAGGUGAAGCUGGUAGACAAAGCCAAGAGAGAGCUGCAGCAGAAAGCGAGUGAAGCCUUCAAACAGCUCUGCCUCUUACAAGAAGCUCGCCAGCAGCUGAGCAGUGACCACCAGUGCAAGAUGGAAGCGUUGGAAUUAGAUCGUGUGUGCUUAUCCCUCAGCGUAAACUCUCCCAACAUCUCCUUCAAGGUCAACCCAACUCAGGUCCCAAGCAGAUCAACGACGGUUGAUGAGUGGGAACAGAAGAGCCAGAGCAACAAGGAGCGUGCUGAGGCAGAACUGAAAACCUCUGCUGAGCUCCGAGAAGCCACAAUGCUUGCCAUUGCCCAGACAAACAACGAGCUGGAGGCUCAGCGUGUAGCUACAGAGUUUGCCUUGCGCAAGAGGAUCAGAGACCUGGAGAGCGCCUGUGAUGAACUGAAAUGGCAGGAGCAGAACACCUUGGAGGAAGUUGCUGAGAUGGAGGAGGAGAUCCGAUGCCUGGAGGAAGAGCUUCGGAGGGAGAUGCAGGAUCUGAAAGUGGCACACACCCGCCUGGAGACCCGGUCCUAUCGGCCCCGUGCAGAACUCUGCCGGGAUCAGGUCCAGUAUGGGCUAACAGAUGAGGUGCACCAGCUGGAGGGAGCGAUCCGUGAGCUCAAACAGAAGCUGGCAGAGUCACAGGAUUCACGGGAUGCUCUUUACCAACAACUUCACUGCAUCCGGACAGAUCUUGGCUACAAAACGAGUUCCCUGGUGCUGGACAACAAGUGCAUGGACACACACAGGAAGCUCCUGGUCCCCUCCGAGAGGUUUCUGCCGGAGGCUGAGACUUUCCCCCGGGCCACAACGCGUGUGACGAACGGGCAGCAGGAGCUGCUGAAAGAGAGCGCUACUGACUGCAUUCCGUGGCGAGGGAAGCGACAUCUGUGUCGUGUUAGGAGGAUGUAAACCUG